GAAUGUAUUGUUUCCCCUGCGACCGAUCGUGCUGGAGCAACAGCUGAAAGGUCACUUCAAGUGAUUGUUGCUCAACGACAGCAACAGUGGACGGUAUGUUUCAAGGUGCUGCGGCAGCUAGCGUAUGUGCAUGUCGGUACGCUCAGCAGCGAUCCUGACGUCACCUCGUGA